AUGCUAUAUGAACGCCCAGUCCUACGCGCAGUAACCGUCCUUCUUCCUUUCGAGUCAUCAUUGAGCCUUUUUUUUUCCAGCACAGAAAUGUCCCGCUUCCGUGUGGUUGAACAUAUCAUUCCCGCUCAUAAUUACAUUCCAUUUGACAAUCCAUCACCGCAAGAAGGAGAUGUGACAUUGAUUGGGGCGCACGCGUGUGCAUUUCCAAAGAUCCGAUCGAUCUGGAUCGCGGAUGUUGCCCAGCAGGGUCAGAGUGGUGUCUUGAAUGAGUCCAUCCUAGGCAAUGACCCCAGUCUUUACGACCACGGACGUGAUCUGCUCUCUCUACUGAAUUACUUCAAGAUUCCGCAACCUUUAAUUGGUGUCGGGCAUAGCAUGGGCGGAGUUCAGCUCGCUCAUCUCUCUUUGAUGCACCCAUCAUUAUUCACAGGGCUGAUAUUGAUCGAUCCCGUCAUUCAACCGGAUAAUCCGAGCCAUAGAUAUGCCCUGCCUUCGACAUACAGGCGUGACAUAUGGCCCUCCCGCAAAGAAGCCGCCGAAAAAUUUCGGUCAAGUCCUAUGUAUCGGUCGUGGCACCCACAGGUGCUAGAGAACUGGAUCAAAUUUGGACUCCGUGAUGUUCCUACAAAACAAUAUCCCAUUUCACAAGGUACAACUUCGAUGGCGGUUACAUUGACCACACCAAAAGCACAAGAGUUGUUCACCUACCUGCGGCCUUCAUAUAUCGACAAGCGCUCUGGGGUCAGAUGGGGAAAUCCCAGAGAUGAAAUGUUCCCAGAAGAUAUUGAUGAUAUCCCAUUCUAUCGCCCUGAGCCAUCUCAUAUCUUUCGUCGAAUACCCGAAUUGAAGCCCAUAGUUCUCUAUAUUUUCGGGGGAAACUCCGAUAUCUCUAUUCCGGCAGCACGCAAAGAAAGAAUGAGAGCCACUGGAACUGGGAUAGGAGGCGGUGGGGGCGCUGCUUGUGGAAAGGUUCAAGAGGUCGUUCUUCCAUGUGGUCACUUGGUCCCAAUGGAACUUCCCCAGGAAAGUGCAAAAGCUUGCACUGCCUUCAUCGAUACAGCGUUAUCUUAUUGGACCUCGGAAAUUGUCAGAUUCCUGGAAGCUUGGGAAAGAAUUCCGAAUGAUGAACUGAUCAGGACUGAUACGCAAUGGGAAGAUAAUAUUGGCCAUUUACCAAAGCGACCCAAGCUCUGA